UAUUGGACGGUGACUUCAUAACUCCACGUACUAUGUCCAUAGAAGCAAAACAUGCUCUCCUACUGAAAUGAAAAGGCAAAAUCAAAGUUCUGUGGUUGAAUUCAUCCUCUUGGGCUUUUCAAACUUUCCUGAACUCCAAGAGCAACUCUUUGGGAUUUUCUUGGUUGUUUACUUGGUGACUCUGAUAGGAAAUGCCAUGAUCAUAGUCAUCAUCUCCCUGGAACAGAGUCUCCAUGUUCCCCUGUAUCUAUUCCUCCUGAACUUGUCUGUGGUGGAUGUGAGUUUCAGUGCAGUCAUUAUGCCUGAAAUGCUGGUGGUUCUCUCCACUAAGAAAGCAUCAAUUUCAUUUGUGAGUUGUUUUGCACAAAUGUAUUUCAUUCUUUUUUUUGGUGCGACUGAAUGCUGUCUCCUGGGGGCAAUGGCUUAUGACAGAUUUGCUGCAAUCUGUCAUCCUCUGAGCUACCCAAUGAUUAUGAACAAAAGUGUUUUCAUGAAAUUAGUAAUAUUCUCGUGGUUCUCAGGAAUCAUAGUGGCUACUGUGCCAAUACCAUGGAUGUCUACUUUUCCACUUUGUGGCCCAAAUGAAAUUAAUCAUAUCUCUUGUGAAACCCCAGCAGUGCUAGAGCUUGUGUGUACAAACACGUUUUGGUUUGAAAUCUAUGCAUUCAUUAUCACUGUUUUGAUUAUUAUGGUUCCUUUCUCACUGAUACUCUUGUCUUACAUUCGAAUCCUCCUUGCCAUCAUGAAGAUGCCAUCAAACACUGGGAGGCAGAAGGCUUUUUCCACCUGUGCCUCCCAUCUCACCUCUGUUACCCUCUUCUGUGGCACAGCCACUAUGACCUAUUUACAACCCAAAUCUGGCUACUCCCCAGAAACCAAGAAAGUGAUGUCAUUGGCUUACUCACUUCUUACUCCUCUGCUGAAUCCACUGAUCUACAGCUUGCGCAACAGUGAGAUGAAAAGAGCUUUGAUGAAGUUAUGGCGAAGAGCAGUGGACUUACACACUCUCUGA